AUGCGGAAGAAAAUGGAAAUGGAAGCGAGCGAGAGUACUAUGAAGAAUACGAGAAUCGACGAGUACGGUACGUUUUGCGACGUCGCGAUUGCGCACGGCGAUCGAGACGAACAUUCGUUCGUCGCAAAAUUACCGGCGCUUCACGUCGAGAGCUUUCGAGCGCGCGAGUACAAUAUGCAAAUUCGACUUGGCGCGAUUUUCCCGAUUCAAGCGAAGCCGAGGCGUGUUCUCGCUUUUGCUCCGGAUCCAAUAUAUUUAAUUUAUUAUCCGGCUGACGCGAAAAGAACGUCCCUUUGGGUUGCAGCGAACGUGAACGUCAAACGAGUGUCCAAUGGUAAGGACGAGCAUGUAGACGCUGACGGGAACGUUGACGCCGUGCAGACCGCUAUCGGCGACCUCGGCAGGUGGCAGAUCUUCGUCUGCCUGGCGAUAUCCCUGGUGAAAUUUCCGAUAGCCUGGCAUCAAUUGGCGAUCGUCUUCAUGGCGCCGCAGCAGGAUUAUAAUUGCACGGUGCCCGCCACCACGGAUUCCGAAGACCAGUGCGCGGUUGAUGUUAACAGCACGUUGGUCAAGUGCACGAAAUGGAUGUAUGAUCGAAGUAUUUUUUCCGAGACCAUCAUCUCGCAGUGGAAUUUAGUCUGCGACCGGACUCACUACGCGAACAUACAGCAGUCGAUUCUCAUGUUCGGCGUGCUGCUCGGUAACAUAAUCUUCGGCAGUUUGGCAGACAGGUACGGCAGGAAAAUGCCGCUGAUGGCUUCCGUGAUUCUUCAACUGUUGUCGGGAAUUGGGUGCGCCAUAGUUCCUUGGUUUCAAGCGCUCUUGCUGAUGAAGUUCCUGAUUGCCUUGGCCACUGGAGGCACGAUAAUCACUAGUUUCGUUAUUUGUAUGGAAAUAAUAGGCACAGAGUGGCGAGCCGCCAUCAACGUCUUUUACCAAAUUCCCUUCGUGCUGGGCCACGUGUCGUUGGCGGGACUCGCGUUCUGGCUUCGACACUGGCGACAUCUGCAGGUCGCCAUCACCCUUCCAUCUAUUGUCUGUUUAAGUUACUGGUGGCUGAUGCCCUAGUCGCCUAGGUGGUUGAUAGCCAUAGGAAAACAAAGAGCGGCCUGCAAAAUCCUGCAGAAGGCGGCCAAUAUCAACAAAGUGGAGAACAUCGACAUCCCCGAAGUGAUCAGGAAACAUUGUUUGCAGCAGAAUUUCAAGAAAUCCGCGUUGGACCAUAAGCCCUCGUUUCUGGAUCUGUUUCGCACGCCGAACAUGCGUGUCAAGUCACUGUCGAUCUUCUUCAACUGGAUUGUUUGCGGAGUGGUCCUGUUCGGCAUGUCGCAGUACAUCGGCCAGGUCGGCGGCGAUAUUUUCAUCAACUUCGCAGUGUCCGGUGUCAUACAGCUCCCAGGCUACUUCGUCGGCUGGUGGGCGAUAAACAAAUUCGGUCGGCGGGUCACCCUGAUUUACAACAACCUCAUCGCCGGCGUCUCCUGUCUCCUCUUGAUCGCCAUGCUAAACGAUAGCGCGCGGGUGAGGCUGCUAUUGACAAGUUUCGGUAUCGUCGGUACGUCGGUAUCGUUUAUGGCGAUCUACCUUUUCUCCGGAGAACUGUUCCCCACAGUCGUGAGGAACAUCGGAGUCAGCGCGAGCAGCAUGUUCGCCCGGCUAGGCUGCAUCGUGGCGCCCUUCGUGGUGUUCUUGAGCAGCAUUAAAGCGUGGCUGCCGCUGGUCGUGUUCGGCCUCUUGCCACUAAUUGCAGCCGCGCUGUGUCUGUUAUUACCCGAAACUGCCGGAUGCACCCUGCCGGAGACGCUUCAGGACGGAGAGGAGUUUGGCAAGAAAUGCAAGGCGUAGGGGAGAGACGCAGAAACCGAAGCGGAAGCGGCGUUCUGAGCGCUGAACGCCCGCGCGCCGCCAUGACCGCUUCUUCACUUUUUAUCUCCGACCAGUUACAACAAAUCAUGGCCGCGUGGCGCAAGUGUUAUCGUUGACGGGCUAACAUAAAGACGAGCGACGUUCAAUCUCGCGGUGAUUAUGGAGCGAUUGUAUUUAUCGUGUCAGUGGUGCGAUUUUGUAACUCGUUAUUGGAGUUAACGACACUUUCGUUAACUCCAAUAACGAGUUAAAAAAUCGCACCACAGUUCCGUAACACAAGGAAAGCAAGAUAGCGUGACUAAUAUCACCUCCUCACGUUUGCGACUCGCGUUUCCCAUAACAUCAUCAUUGAAAGAUGACAUUUAGAGAAGCAAAAGAAGUUGUAGGUUGUUAUAUAUUACGUAUAAGACUGUGUAUAUCGGUGUUUUCUGAGAUACACACAGAUAUGUUUGAAAAUUACUAAUUGAGACAUCGAGGAGUUUUUAAGAAAAAUAUUUUUCAUACUGCCAAGUUACAAAAAUACUACUACUUUGUAAAACUCAAUUGGAUGUGUACGAAUAUAGAAUGUCUUCUGUAAAAAAAAAAAUACUUUUUUCUUUGCUUUACAAAUUCAACACACUCGACGUGAUCCCACGAAUUGGUUUUCGACACGCGCAAUUUUACUUACAAAUAUUAUAAUAUUGCUUUGUGUGACAACCACGCCAAUGAUA